AUGAAAGUCACAUUCAAGGAUCUCAAGCAGCAGAAGUUUGUCAUCGAGGUCGAUCCAUCAGAGACGAUUGCCGCCGUCAAGCAAAAGAUUUCCGACGAGCGCGGUUGGGAACCAAAAACGCAAAAGCUCAUCUACUCUGGCAAAAUCUUAAAGGAUGAGGAAACCGUCGAGUCGUACAAGAUCGAAGAGAAGGGCUUUGUCGUCUGUGUUGUGAACAAGCCCAAGGCGCCGCCUGCCGCCGCCUCUGCCGCCCAGUCAUCAACAGCCGCUGCCUCGAGCGCCUCUGCACCGGCCCCCGCCACGCCAGCCCGCAGCGCCGGUCCCGCCGCUACACCUGCUGCACCUGUCGCCGCAGCUGCUGCGUCAUCCGGCGCGCCUGCUGCGACGCCCACCCCGGCCGCCCGCGCCAACGAUGCUAACUACACGGACCCCAACUCCUUCUCCGUUGGCCCGGCUCUGCAGGAGGCCAUUGCCAACAUGGAAGCCAUGGGCUUUGAGCGCAGCCAGAUCAACGCUGCCAUGCGCGCUGCGUACAACAACCCGGACCGCGCUGUUGAAUACCUGCUGACUGGUAUUCCGGACAACCUGCAACAACAACAACAACAGGCCCAACAGGAGCCGGCGGCACAACAAGCAGCACCUGCUGCUGCUGCUACCCCCGCUGGCGACGCCUCGACGGAUGAAGCUACUGCUGCUGCAAUUGCCGCCGCGGUUGCUGAAGGCGGCGACGAGGACGAGGACGGUGUGAACCUGUUCGAUCUGGCCGCCCAGCAAGGUCGUGGCGGUGCCGGUGGUGCCGCUGGUGCCGGUCGCGGCACGAGUGCGGCAACCGCAGCAGCGGCUGCCGCUGCAGCAGGUGGCGCAGGUGCGGGUCAGGGACUUGGUAACCUCGACUUCCUCCGCCACAAUGCCCAGUUCCAGCAGCUCCGUCAGGUUGUCCAGCAGCAGCCGCAAAUGCUUGAGCCCAUCUUGCAGCAGCUCGGCGCUGGCAACCCUCAACUGGCCCAGCUUAUCGCGCAAAACCCGGACCAGUUUUUGAGCUUGCUGAGCGAAGACGGCGACGACGACGACGCACCGCUGCCGCCUGGCGCCCAAGCUAUUGCCGUUACCGAGGAGGAGCGUGAUGCUAUCGAGCGCCUUUGCCGCCUUGGUUUUGACCGGGAUCAGGCCAUUCAGGCCUACUUUGCUUGCGAUAAGAACGAGGAGCUGGCUGCCAACUUUUUGUUCGACCAACCCGAUGACGACGAGCCGACAGCCAACCAGUAA